ACACUGCUGUGUGGGCACAAUGCCAUCAUCAUUUAUUCAUGUUCCCGUCAUCCUUCAUGGAAAAGUGUGGAUUAAAAACAUGACUCUUUCAUGAGGGAACUCUCGGCUGCUUAACCUUAAUGUUUCACCGUCAGGCCUUUAACUUUCAUGUCCGACAAAUUACAACAGAACGAACAUGAAAGUUUGAUUUGAACACGGAUUAUAACGAGCGGGAACAUGUGAGAGUUUGUUCACGGAUCAUGUGACCACACACAGAAGGCCUGCUCAUGUGAAAGACAAAUCCAAGCUUUGAUUUAAGUUACUUUAUUUAUUUUUAGACACAUUAAAGCCACGUGUGAUUCAAGGUUGUACUUUCACUUGAAAAUCACUGCUGGAAAGAGAACUCCACCACUGUAAACACUGACCACUGGUAACACCGCUAACACCACUGUAAACACUGACCACUGCCAACACUGCUGACACCACUGUAAACACUGACCACUGCUAACACAACUAUUUUACUGCUAACAUCACUAAAACUACUGCUCCGUCGCUGAGUCCCGCUCUAUUGUUAGACGACAUAAAUCAGAUGUAAGAUUAAGGUUAUUUAUCUUUAAUGAACCUUUGAAACGUUUUCAUGUAGACUUGCAGGUAAGCUGUGUGUGUUCUCAUUAAAACAGCACUUUUAACUUUAAAUGACGACAAUUAGCUUUGUCUCCCUGCUGCUUCUGAAACCUCUGGUGUUUAUAAAAAAUAAUGAGAAUGGCUUGUGUUAAAAACACACUCUGUAAAAUGUGUUGAUUUGUCUUAUUUCAGCAUGUCCACCUCCGCUGUCGUUAGCCUGUUUAGAGAGAGCAGAGAGAUUAAAGAAGGGGAUGCUUUUGUAUUGUCUCAGUUAAUUGGCUGAGUGUAAGUGAAUAGAAGGGGAUUAGCGGCGUCGCCAUUAUUCACUGUGUGGGCAAACUGUGUAGGAGGGCGGACAUGUUGUGAUUAGAAGCCUCCGGAAACCAAUAGCUUUAAUGUUUUUCCUCCAGAUCUGUGGAAGAAAAUGGUGAAAAACCACAAUUAUUCAGAAAUAUAUUGACAGUCAAAUUAGCGACAGGGCUUGUCCACCAAGCUGGUCCAUUGUUGUGAUAUAAAACCUACUACUGCUAAAACUGCUAACAUCACUGUUUUUACUGUUAUAACUGGUAACACUGCUAACAACACUUUUGCUACUGCUAUCGCUGCUAACAUCACUGUUACUACUGCUAACACUGCUAAGAUCUCUUUUUUAACUGCUAACAUCACUGUUUUAAUGGCUAACAUCACUGUUGCUACUGCUAACAUCAUUGUUUUAAUGGCUAACAUCACUGUUGCUACUGCUAACAUCACCGUUUUUACUGUUAGUCCUGCUAUCACUGCUAACAUCACUGUGUAAUGGCUAACAUCACUGUUGCUACUGCUAACAUCACUGUUUUAAUAGCUAACAUCACUGUUGCUCAACAAUUAUUGGAUGAAUUCACGGCGCUUAUGACAAUGAUGAAGCUUUUACUGAUCCUGAUCUGGUUAUGGUUGACGGCAAUGCUAACUAGCUAGCAAGGUAGCUAAGGCAUUUAGCUUCAUGACUUGGACAGUCGCCUGUCUUCAGUCCUUUAUAUUUAGAUUAGAUUGUAAUCUACAUUACAAUCUGUUCAGUUAUAUUCGAUGUUUCAUCUGAAAUAAUCAAAGUGAAGUGGUUCAGAUUCUGGUUUGUUUGUUCAGUCAGCAGCUUCAGGGUCCUCUGAAGGUCAGCAGGUCAACCUGACGAGGUCAUGAGGUCAUUAUUGAGAGAGAAAAAUAAAUAGUUCUGUCACUUAAACAUGUUUUCUUUCAGCCUGGAUUAUUUUGUGACGCAAAAGACAACGUAAGACGUUUAGAGGAGAAACAUGACAACCAGCUGAUAUGAUAUUUACAAACAGUAUUGGUCCGAUACUGGUUAAUCAUAAUACUAGUCAAACUCAGUGAUACUCAGAAUCAUUAUUGGUCCAAUACUGAUCAUAAUUACUGAUAAUGAAAUUGGUAUCAGUCUAAUACUGGUGAAAAUCACAGAAUCAAAUUGUUUCUGGUUUAUAGAAUAUUUGUGUAAAAUCAUCAGAACAUCUGGGUCAGUCCGAUAUUGGCUUUGAUGGUUAUCAUGACAUGAUCCACAAAUAUCAGUUUGAAUCUGCUGUCAAUCACCUUUAAUCAUCUUCUUACAUGGAUUUUUAUGUUGUUUAAUGUAAAGACUUCAUCGUACAUGAGGAGAUGAACCUGAGAGGGAGAGAGGGAGUGAGGGAGAGAGAGACUGAGAGAGAGAGUGGGGUAGAGUGUGAGUGGUCUCACACUCAGACUCUCAGUGUCUCUGCAGCAGCUCAGCUCUUCACAUGGAUGUUUGACUCAGAUCAGAAGACGUGGACCUGAUCAGUGAAUGGGAUUAAACUGACACACACACACACACACACUGACGCACAUUCGCACACACACAGUUACUGCUGCUGUUGUUCGUGGACAAGGACGAUUAAAGAUGCUGCUGCUUCCCUCUGUUUUCCUGCUGCUGCUCCUCGAGCUCUGCAGCUGCACAAGUUUCCCAAGUAACAUCAACAUCGGGGGCCUUUUCCCCUCAGGCUCCCACGAGUAUGAGGUUUUCCGCUUUGCGCUGGCACAGCAUCAGGACGUCCCGAAGCUGGUGCCGCAGGUGGACGUGGUGGACACGGGGAGCAGCUUUGCCAUGACGUACGCCUUCUGCUCGCAGUUCUCUAAAGGCGUGUACGCCAUCAUGGGUCUGUACGACCAGCGGACGGUCAACAUGCUGAUGUCAUUCUGUGGCUCGCUGCAUGUCUGCUUCGUCACGCCGUCGUUUCCCGUUCACACCAACAACCAGUUUGUGGUGCAGCUUCGUCCUGAGCUGCAGGAGCCGCUCAUGUCCCUGCUGGAGCAUUUCUGCUGGACCAGGUUCGUCUACAUGUACAGCUCGGACUCAGGUCUGUCGGUGCUGCAGAAGAUCUUGGACACGGCGGCGGAGCAGACGUGGCAGGUCACCACCGUCAACCUGGACGUCCUGACGGAGGCGGCGUUCGUCAAACUGCUCAAUGACCUCGACUUCAAGAGGGAGUUUCAGGUGAUCAUCGACUGUGAAGUGGAGAGACUCAACUCCAUCCUCAACCUGAUCUCUGCUCAGAGGAGGAACCUGAAAAACUACCACUACAUCCUGGUCAGCCUGGGCUUCACCGACCUGAACAUCACUGAGUUCCAGAAGCUCGGUCCAAACGUGACGGGCUUCCAGCUGGUGGACUGGUCUGAUCCUGGAGUGGAGAAGAUCAACCAGGACUGGCUGGACUUUGACAGUAAAGACCUGAGACUGCCCCGCAGGAGCCUGAGGUACACAGGAGCCCUGACCUACGACGGCGUCGUUGCCAUGGCAACGGCCUUCCACAACCUGCGACGCCAGAGGAUCGACAUCUCUCGCCGUGGCAACGCAGGAGAAUGUUUGGCCAACCCACCUGCACCGUGGGGUCAAGGUAUCGACAUCCAGAGAGCACUGCAACAGGUGCGUCUCCAGGGACUGACGGGACACGUUCAGUUUGAUGAGCGAGGACAUCGAACCAACUUCACUCUGACUGUGAUGGAACUGAGCCAUACUGGAGCCAGGAAGAUUGGACACUGGAACGAGAGGCGGGGCUAUGUGAAAACAGCGAUGUACAAGCCACAGGUGGAGGAAUAUUUUCACGGUUUACAGAAUAGAACCUACGUCGUCACCACUAUACUGGAGGCUCCGUACAUGAUGCUGAAGAAGAACCAUGAGCAGUUUGUGGGGAACGACCGGUACGAGGGUUACUGCGCUGAGCUGGCCUCAGAGAUUGCCAAACACGUGGGCUUCUCGUAUCGCCUGGAGCUGGUGGGCGACGGCAAGUACGGCUCCAGAGACCCAGAGACCAAGACCUGGAACGGCAUGGUGGGAGAACUGGUGUACGGGAAAGCCGACGUGGCGGUUGCUCCGCUCACCAUCACGCUGGUGCGAGAGAAAAUGAUCGACUUCACCAAACCGUUCAUGUCUCUGGGGAUUUCCAUCAUGAUCAAAAAACCCACCAAGUCCAAACCGGGCGUCUUCUCCUUUCUGGAUCCUCUGGCCUACGAGAUCUGGAUGUGCAUCGUGUUCGCCUACAUCGGCGUCAGCGUGGUGCUCUUCCUGGUGAGUCGCUUCAGUCCAUACGAGUGGGAGGGGGAGGAGUCUGAUGACGAAGACGAAACUCUGCCCUCCUCUGCCUCUCGCCGAGCUCCGCCCACCUCGUCGUCGGAGCUCACUCACUCACCAGGUGACCAGAACCAGAACCAGAACCAGAACCAACAGAAAGAGAAGGAGGCUCCAGAACACACCAAUGACUUUGGGAUCUUCAACUCUCUGUGGUUUUCACUCGGUGCCUUCAUGCAGCAGGGGUGUGACAUCUCGCCGCGGUCUCUCUCUGGUCGAAUUGUCGGAGGAGUUUGGUGGUUUUUCACCCUCAUCAUCAUCUCGUCCUACACAGCCAACCUGGCGGCCUUCCUCACUGUGGAGAGGAUGGUGUCCCCCAUAGAGGGCGCCGAGGACCUGGCCAAGCAGUCCGAGAUCUCCUACGGAACCCUGGAAGGAGGUUCCACCAAAGAGUUCUUCAGUAGGUCAAAGAUCGCCGUGUUUGAAAAGAUGUGGUCGUACAUGCGGAGCGCUGAGCCCUCGGUGUUCGUCAGGAACACGGACGAAGGCGUGCUGCGUGUCAGGAAGUCGAAGGGGAAGUACGCGUACCUGCUGGAGUCUGCCAUGAACGAGUACAUCGAGCAGAGGAAGCCCUGUGACACCAUGAAAGUGGGAGGCAACCUGGACUCCAAGGGCUACGGCGUGGCCACGCCCAAAGGCUCACCGCUCAGAAACCCUGUAAACUUGGCAGUGUUAAAACUGAACGAGCAGGGCCUGUUGGACAAAUUGAAAAACAGAUGGUGGUAUGACAAGGGAGAGUGCGGCGUCGGGGGAGGGGACUCCAAGGACAAGACGAGUGCGCUCAGUCUGAGCAAUGUGGCGGGAGUGUUUUACAUCCUGAUUGGUGGACUGGGUCUGGCCAUGCUGGUGGCUCUGGUCGAGUUCUGCUAUAAAUCCCGCCUCGAGUCCAGGAGGAUGAAGGAGCUCAUCGAUGCCGCCAUGUUGAGCACCAGCUUUAGCGGGAUGAUGACAGGAGGAGGAGGAGCCAGUGGUAUGGUGGCGGCUGUGGGCGGGUCAUUCGGAGGAGGAGGAGCAUCUGGAUUCGGGGGCGAGAAUGGUCGCGUGAUGGUGCAAGACUUCCCAAAAUCUGGAGCUCAGGGUUUACCGUGCAUGAGCAAGUCAGCUGGACUGGGACUGUCCUCCACCAGCAUGUGAUCCAGACUGAGGCUCCUGAUUGGACAGAACGCUCCUAUUUGUCUGUCUGUGUGUGUGUGUCUGAUGAAAAACUGGGAUAAAAACAAACAAAUAACACAAGUUAACUUUUCAACAAACACUGUUUCAAACUCAACUCAAUGAAACUGCAAUAACUGAGUGUGAGGAGAGAAACAACGAGCUGACUCCUCCUUUUUUCUCUUUUAAUUAAGUGUAAUUGUCGGAUUUGUCAGAGGUAAUGACUCUGUGAGGGCCCCCUGCUGCUGAGAAACCCUGUUUGAGACGCAGAGGCUCACUCUUUCAGAGUGCUGCGUUAGUCUACGAUGUCUUUAACAACAGGAAACUGACGUUUGCAAACCACUCACUC